UUUUCGGAUAGGCGAUCUAGCCAGCUGUUUUGACUUUUAAAAUGGCAAUUCGGCACUUUAUUUUAAGCUUUACACUGAUCGUAUGUUUAAAUGGUUGUACGAGUGGGUUUCCUAACAGGCAGUCGGCUUUAAAGAAGCUCACUGACGCUCUUUUGAUCCGCUCGCCCGAAGAAUUUAAUUCUGUGUUUAAUCAAAGGGAAUCUGCUAAAGAUAACGAGGUAUCCAAAGGAACAAAGAGUAACUGGGAUAGACACGCCGUCUCUCGGGUCAAAACUGACCCACAACCCGGUUUCAAAGAGGAAUAUUUCACCCAAGUCCUGGAUCACUUCAAUUUUAACAGCAAUGGCAAUGGCACGUUCAACCAGAGGUAUUUAAUCUCAAAUCAGUACUGGAAGAAGGGCCACGGCCCCAUCUUUUUCUACACUGGAAAUGAGGGGGACAUCUACGAAUUUGCUUUGAACUCGGGCUUUAUCCUCGAAUUGGCUGCGGUGCAGGGAGCCCUGGUCAUAUUUGCUGAGCAUAGAUACUACGGCAAGUCGCUCCCGUUCGGAGACGAGUCCUUCAGCAUCCCGCGGGUGGGGCUGCUGACCGUCGAGCAGGCUUUGGCGGACUACGCCCUGAUGAUCACAGAGCUGAAGGCGCAGCAGGGGUGCCAGGAGUGUCCCGUCAUCGUGUUUGGGGGCAGUUAUGGGGGCAUGCUGAGUGUCUACAUGAGGCUGAGGUACCCCAACAUUGUUACAGGGGCUCUAGCAGCCAGCGCCCCAAUCCUGUCCACCGCGGGAAUGGGGGAACCAAGUCAGUUUUUUCAGGAUGUGACCUCGGACUUUAAGCAGUACAGUCCUCUGUGCAUGGAUGCUGUGCGGGGAGCGUUCAGACAGCUGGAGGAGUUGGCCGAGAGGGGAGAUUAUGAGCGUAUCCAGUCUGGCUUCUCCCUGUGCCAGACCCCGGCGACCGCCAAAGACAUGCGACAGCUGAAGGGCUUCCUCCGAAACGCCUUCACCCUGAUGGCCAUGCUGGACUACCCCUACAGCACCCACUUCAUGGGCAGCAUGCCAGCCAAUCCGGUCAAGGUGGCGUGCGACACCAUGCUGAGUGGGGCUGAUCUUCUCCAUGCCCUCAGAGACACUGUGGGAAUUGUGUAUAAUUCCACGGGUGAGCUGAGCUGCUUUGACCUCUACACCCUGUACGUGGAAUGUGCAGACCCCACCGGCUGCGGACUGGGUCCCAAUAGCCAGGCCUGGGAUUACCAGGCCUGCACAGAGAUCGAGCUGUGCUACGAGAGCAAUAACGUCACCGACAUGUUCCCGCCCCUGCCCUUCACUGAGCACGACCGCGCCCGUUACUGCGCUCAGAGGUGGGGCGUGCUGCCCCGCCCCGGCUGGCUCAAAACCCAGUACUGGGGAGACGCUCUCUCCACAGCCAGCAACAUCAUUUUCUCCAACGGAGACCUCGACCCGUGGGCUAAUGGAGGGAUAAGAAAAUCCCUGAGCUCUUCACUCAUCGCCAUCAACAUCUCUGAUGGAGCGCACCAUCUCGACCUAAGAGGCUCAAACGAGGCUGACCCCCAGUCGGUGGUACUGGCCAGGCAGAAGGAAGCGGAAAUCAUCGGCAAGUGGGUGGAGAUGGAGAGGAGGAUCAGUCAGGAAGAAAACCAGGAAGUACAAAAUCACAGUGACGGGGAUUCUAAAUUCCACUGA